AGCUUAUAGUGCCACAGGGCUUGGUAAGCAUUAAAGGGGGUAGUGAAGCUUUGCUUUAUUUCAUAAUCCCAAUUGUUUUUCUAGAAACCAUCAAUAGCCUCCAAAUGACUGACUCAAUUUUUGGAUCCAAUUCUCAUGACUAAGCAAAUGUUUGGUUUGAAACCAGCCCACUAUAAAUGUGUGUGUGCCUCUGACUCCCUGUAGCUACCCCUGGAUUUCUCAGCACUGGGGAAACCAAUCUAUGAACUGAAAAUGUCUAAAACUGGAACAAAGAUUACCUUCUACGAAGACAAGAAUUUUCAGGGCCGCCGUUAUGACUGCGAUUGUGACUGUUCGGACUUCCACACCUUCCUGAGCCGCUGCAACUCCAUCAGGGUGGAGGGAGGCACCUGGGCGGUGUACGAGAGGCCCGACUUUGCCGGGUACAUGUACAUCUUACCUCAGGGGGACUACCCGGAGUACCAGCGCUGGAUGGGCCUCAACGACCGCCUCAGCUCCUGCAGAGCCCUCCACCUGUCUAGCGGAGGCCAGUAUAAGAUUCAGAUCUUUGAGAAGGGGGAUUUUAACGGUCAGAUGUAUGAGACCACUGAAGAUUGCCCCUCCAUCAUGGAGCAGUUUCACAUGCGAGAGGUCCACUCCUGUAAGGUGCUUGACGGGGCCUGGGUUUUCUACGAGCUGCCCAACUACCGUGGCAGGCAGUACCUGCUGGACAAGAAGGAGUACCGGAAGCCCGUCGACUGGGGUGCGGUGUCCCCGGCCGUGCAGUCGUUCCGCCGCAUCGUGGAGUCGUGAUGGGACGGAGCCGUGGGCCUCCUCCUGGGGUCUGAAUGCUGGCUAGCCUUGUGGUCCAAAUAGACAUCCUAAAUAAAAUAAUUG